AUGGACCGGGCGGCCGUAGCGAGGGUGGGCGCGGUAGCGAGCGCCAGUGUGUGCGCCCUGGUGGCGGGGGUGGUGCUGGCCCAGUACAUAUUCACCUUGAAGAGGAAGACCGGGCGGAAGACCAAGAUCAUCGAGAUGAUAAUAACAGACUUUGAUAUGACACUCAGUAGAUUUUCCCACAAAGGGAAAAGAUGCCCAACAUGUCACAAUAUCAUUGACAACUGUAAACUGGUUACAGAUGAAUGUCGGGAAAAGUUAUUGAAACUAAAGGAAAAGUAUUACGCUAUUGAAGUUGAUCCUGGUCUUACUGUAGAACAGAAGUACCCUCAUAUGGUGGAAUGGUAUAAUAAAUCACAUCGUUUGCUUGUUGAACAAUCUUUACCAAAAGCUAAACUUACAGAAAUUGUGGCAGAAUCUGAUGUUAUGCUCAAGGAAGGAUAUGAGAAUUUCUUUGAUAAGCUCCAACAACACAGUAUCCCGGUGUUCAUAUUUUCAGCUGGUAUCGGUGAUGUACUAGAGGAGGUUAUCCGUCAAGCUGGUGUUUAUCAUCCAAAUGUCAAAGUUGUGUCCAACUUCAUGGAUUUUGAUGAAAAUGGAGUACUCAAAGGAUUUAAAGGAGAACUAAUUCAUGUAUUUAACAAACAUGAUGGUGCCUUGAAGAAUACAGAAUAUUUUAAUCAACUAAAAGACAAUAGCAACAUAAUUCUGCUGGGAGACUCCCAAGGAGACUUAAGAAUGGCAGAUGGAGUAGCCAAUGUUGAACACAUUCUGAAAAUUGGAUAUCUAAAUGAUAGAGUGGAUGAGCUUUUAGAAAAGUACAUGGACUCUUAUGAUAUUGUUUUAGUGCAAGAUGAAUCACUGGAGGUAGUCAACUCUAUUUUACAGAAGAUUCUAUAA